AUGGCCUUCGUAUGCAGCUAUCCGAUGCCUGUUGCCGAUCAUUUUAUCACGUUGGGGACGAGGGUAUCGGAACAAAACGACAGCGCGCGUAAAACGUCGGCAUACACCAAAAGGACAACCGAAACCAACCGUCCGCGGGACUUGCAGGUACCGGGCGAGGUGUGCGAAACAUGCUACGCUUACUGCGCUAACAAGGCGGAACUUUGGAAGCACGUGCGCGACAAGCACGGCGCCGACCGGAGGUUGGUAUGCCCGAUGUCCGGCUGCGGCAGACAGUUUUUGGCGCGGGCCAUGAGCGCGGCCCACAUGGCACACCAUCGGUACGCGGUACAAUUUCCAAACGCGUCCGACGACCGGCCUUUGACUUGCGAACUUUGCGGUCUCCUUCUGCGAAACCUCUCGACUUUCCGAAAGCACAUGGCCAAAAUGCACCCCGACGCCGCGGCCGCCAUGUGCGGCGUGUGCUAUUUGUACACGGGCGAUGUGCCGUCUCUCGUCGACCACGUCCGCCGCCGACACGGCGUCGCGACCGAGACGCGGGCUGCCACUACAGAGACGCCGGACACCGUUAUCGAGACGCCGGACACCGUUAUCGAGACGCCGGACACCGUUAUCGAGACGCCGGACACCGUUAUCGAGACGCCGGACACCACUAUCGAGACGCCGGACAUCGCUAUUGAAACGCCGGACAUCGCUAUCGAGACGCCGGACAUCGCUAUCGAGACGCUGGCCGCCACUGCCGAGAAUCUCACCACGGUCAGCACUGCGGCGUUCAACGCGAAAAAACGCGGCAAACAAAUCAGGCGCGCCGCCAUACGGUGUGACGUGUGCGGAAAACAGUACGGCAACUAUCGCAAUAUGUACGAGCACAGGGUGGUGCACGGGGCCGUCGAAGUCGACCCCCGGAGUCCGUUCGCCGUGCGGUCGUCCCCGAAACAGCAGCACGCGAGGAGCUGCUUCCAGGCGUGUUCCGUACCCACGCCGGAUCCGGAUUCCGACAUGUAA